AUGCCCAGGAUCCUCCUCACCGGCGGCAGCGGCUUCAUCGCCACCCACGUCCUCGAGACGCUGCUGGCCCGCGGCCACUCGGUCGUGACGACGGUGCGCAGCGCGCAAAAAGGCCGCCGCAUCGUCGACGCGCACCCCAGCGUCGACUUUGUCGUUGUCGAGGACAUUGCGCGCGCCGGCGCCUUCGACAAGGCCGUCAUGGCCUCGCCGCCUUUUGACGCCGUCGUGCACACGGCCAGCCCGUACCACUUCCACGCCAAGGACAACAAGAGCGAGCUCCUCGAGCCGGCCGUCAACGGCACCGUCGGCUUGCUGCAGGCCAUCAAGAAGCACGCACCCUCGGUCAAGCGCGUCGUCAUCACCUCAUCCUCGGCCGCCAUCCUCGACCAGGCCCAGCCCACAAAGACCUUCUCCGAGGCCGACUGGUGCCCCGUCACCGAGGAGCAGGCCCUCGUCGGCCCCGCCAACGGCUAUCGCGCCAGCAAGACCUUUGCCGAACGCGCGGCUUGGAACUUUGUCGCCGACGAACGUCCCAACUUCACCCUCGCCGUGUGUAACCCGCCCCUUGUCCUCGGCCCCGUUCAGCACCAUCUCGACUCCCUCGCCGCCCUCAACACGUCCAACCAACGCAUCCGCGACCUCAUCACCGGCGCGGCCAAGGCCGCCUGCCCUCCGACGGGCAACCACCUGUUCGUCGACGUGCGCGACCUGGCCCUCGCCCACGCUCUGGCCGUCGAGUCGCCCGCCGCCGCGGGCCAGCGCUUUUUCCUCGUCGGCGGCAAGUUCUCCAACAAGGAAAUCGUCCAAAUCAUCGCCGCUGAGUUUCCCGAGCUCCGGGCCAAGCUGCCCGAGGGCGACGCGCUGAAGCCCGGCGAUUAUCCCGAGAGAGGCUCGUACGGGUUCGAUAGCUCCAAGGCGAAGGAGGUGUUGGGGCUCUCGUUUAGGCCAUUGAGGGAUAGCGUGGUGGAUGCAGUAAGGAGCCUGCAGGCGCUUGGCGCGUGAGGGGAUGACACAGGAGAUCGAUUUGCGUACCGGCAGAUAGACGCAUGGCCAGAAUUGGAAAUGUAGAACGUUGCAACAGUGUCGUCUAAACUCCGAGUCUCCAGCCCACUUGCCGAAUCGACGUCCUGCGAAAGCUUGUUUCUUGAGAGAUCUUCGAGGCUCCGGAGCUCCAUUUGGAACUGAUCGGGGGCUCCGGAGCCUCAAGCCGCGUCGGGAAAUGCCCUGGUUUCCGCGUGCGUAGUAGUCUCGGAGGGAGGGCAUGAUGGCAGAGCAACCGGAGUUGGAUCGCAACAUGCGGGGAACGACAGUGGCACUGUG